AUGUUGCAGGACAUAAUUAAUCUCAGGUACUACUUCAUAGGUGUAUUUCUUUGCCAAUUCCAGACCGACAUUGGCAUCCUCCUCAGUAGGGCACCUAGUCUCAUGUCUGUGUUGGCUAUCGAGAUUUACGCUCUCAAAAUUGGUCUCUCUUUUACCCUAAAUGCAUCUUUUAUGCCCUUGGUAGUUGAAUCUGACUCCCUAGCUACAGUGCAGUUGCUAUUAAAGGAGGAAGAGUGUUUAGCUCUUAAGGUAGUGCUUGUGACUGAAAUUCGACGUCUUCUCCUGGUGUUGUCCUCUUGUGUUCGCUUUGUCCCUAGGACUGCCAACAUUUUGGCUCAUUGUAUUGCAUAUUAUUGUCUUUGUGCGGAGGAGCUUUGUUUUUGGUUGGGUAAUGGACCUCCCUGGCUCCUAGAUGGCGUUAAGGAGGAUUGGUCUCUCAUUAUCUGA